AAGAUUCUUAUUAAAACUUGUGCAUAUCUAAGCUUAAUUCGAGCGCAUCGGUUUUAUCUAUUUAAAGUGCUCGCUUUCACCGACAUCACAAUCAGUUCGACAAUAAUUUCAAGUUCAGCGUUGCGAACGUAACAACCGCAAUGUAUCUAAGCUUUUUGUUAAUCAUUUGCUAUACUCUGCCGUCUUUGCUGCGUGCUUGUCCCAUCUACCUGACAAUAUCGCUUGACGGGGAAACAGUGAAGGACUCACAUAUCGAAGUUAAUUGGGGUCCCGAAUGUCACGAGCAUCCCGAAUGGAUUGGCAUAUUUAAAGAAGAUCCUUCGAUCACUUAUAUGUUACCAGAGGCACGUAUUACGAAUAUAUCCAACUCGUCCGGUAAGGUAGUGAGUGAUGUGAAAAUUGGUGAAAUUAAAUUUCCGCAAGGUUGGAAUAAUUAUGAUGAAACUAUUGUACCCAUUGAGUAUCCGAAAGGCAAGUGUUUGCCCUAUUAUGUGGCAAGUUUCAAUGGUACCGAGCUGUUGACGGUGGAGUGCUUGAAAAUACAACCGAAUUGGAUGUCGAAUUCGGAGCAUUUAGCGCAAAUGCCAUUGAAGGAACUCUUCAUACCAGGUACGCAUGCUUCUGCAGCUUAUGCCGCUAAUUUGACAAAAUCGGUGGAGAUCGAUGAUUAUAUAAUCACUCAACAAUUCGAUGUCUGGUCUCAACUAGUCUUUGGCAUACGAUAUUUGGAUUUUAGAAUCGAAUAUAACGAAUGCGGCGAUGUCAACGACUCAAAUAAUAUGGAUAAUUUCUAUAUUGUCAACGAAGAAAAGCUUAUGCGCCCGCUGAGGAGUGUCUUGAAAGAUAUAAAGCGAUUCGUACAACUUUCUCACGAGGUCGUCAUAUUGGAGUUUGUUCCUAUCGGAUUUUCCGACCAUCCCGAACGUCAUAGCAGUCUGAACCAUCUGCUACGCGAAGAAGUCGGUGAUAUUGUUUAUAUUCGAAACACGAGCACCCAAGAAGGUUCUAAGCCGUGCUAUGAACUCACAAUAGGAGAAAUUCGUAAGGAUAACAAAAAUCUAAUCAUAUUAUACCCAAUACAUAAAUUACCCGAGAGUGAGUCGAAAAUGCUCUGCCCCAGAUGGACACUUUACUCAACGAUUUUUUCGAGGACAUCAGACUCGUUGUACCAUAUGCGUAAGUUCUUUAGCAAAAAACACAAUGAGGGUUGGAUCUAUCAAGGUAGACGCAGCAGGAAACCGUCAUUGACAGCCAAAGAGCACGCCGCCGCAUUGAAUCCCCAAGUUACCAGUUGGCUUAUGAGUCAUGGCAGUUCGGACGCUAAUGUCGUUGCUUUCGUUUAUUUCAGCAACACCAACCUUAUCGAUUUGGCCAUUAAUACAAAUAUGCAGAAAGCUCUCAAAAUGGCUAAUAAGAAUUUUGUAAAUUUCGAAAUUGUUAGUCUUCGAAAUAGCAAAAACAACACAUAUUAGUUCGCGCUCAAAUGCACUAACAAUUUGAUAAUUUAGUUUAAUAUAUACAUACAUAUUUAAUGAGAAACUAAAAACAGCAAAAUAAAAUUAUAUACUGCAAGCAGAAUCUUUCUUAAUUUCGAUUUUUGACCUCGAAAUUCUAUUGAU